GUUGUUACGCAAAAGGGAACGAGACUUGCGACCCAACGAGACUUCGCGCUUCGAGGCAAAUUUAAACAGCCGCCAUUUUGACAAAGCGAGACCGUGACAAAGCAAUCGAGAAAUAAUAAGAGUACAAAUUAACCAAGUGUUGCCAACACAGAAGUAUUCAUUGCAAAGAAUGCCUAGAAAACGCAAAAGAGGAUCCCUUACGGUGAAACGCAAGUACCACUACAUAACAUCUGAACAGCCAAAGGAAGAAAACCAUGUUGCCAGUGAACCCCUGGUGAAAAUUAAAGCUACAACAGAUACUUCUACCCAGUCAGAAAGUGAAAAUGUGCAGGUCACAAGUGAUCAUAGUUAUGCUAUUGAUGAAGACUCCACAUAUGAGCUUGACUCCUUCCAGGAGACAAACAUUGAUAAGCCUGAAGCUGAUGUGAUGGAAUGUAGUUCAGGGCUUCUAGAAAUGGAGGUGGAGACGACAACCUUCUCAGACUUUGCUGUGGAACUUAAACUGCAAAAUAUUUCAUCUCAGUUCGUUGUAAAGGAAUCAGAGCAAUCAAUUCAAAUGUUACAGUUGUACGCAAAUGACAGUCUGACAGCAAUCAAGCUAUCGGUUGAAAUUAAGAGUGAUUUUACAUGCUCUGUCUAUGUGCAUCGGAAAUGCAUUCCGAGAUCUCACCAAAUAUGGACUGGACUGCCACAACAUAUCAAUCGCGUUGCUUAUGUUCUGGUGUUAUUGGAAAGACUGUUAAAACUUGAUGUCUGCAUAGGAAAUCCUGAGGUGGAAUUUUCAAAUUUAGUUCCCAUUGGAUCAGGGUUGUCCAGCAACAACUCCCCAGAAAUUGUGGCGUACAGGGAAGGGGACUUCAACGCAACACAUGCCAGUGGAGAGAGAUAUAAUUCCACUAUUAGAUCUGUGAAAUGUGACAUGCUGUCCACAUCAAAAAAGUGUACAGCCUGCAAAAAGUACUUUUACUUAUUACAAAGCAGGAAAAAUAGGGUUGAAAGCAGACUAAAUUCGUGCCGAAAAUACAGCCACACAAACUUUAAACAUAGAGACAUGACUAAACAGGAACUUAAUAUGAAAUUAAACGAGCAGAAACAUGAAAUAAAAAAUUUACAAACAGAGUUGUGGAAACAAAGGAGGGAAUUUGAUAAGAUCAUCACAGCAAAUGGGAUCAGUGUUGAAGGCAGUGAACAUCAUGAACUGAAAGACCUGAUGGCAAGUUGUGAGACAGAAUUUGAAAAAUCGUUCCCGAUUUCUACCAGCCGACAGCGUCUGUUUUGGGAACAGCAGAUGUCUUUUGCCAAAAAGAAAGACAGUCGAGGGAUGCGCUGGCACCCCAUGAUCAUUCGUUGGUGUCUCUACCUUCGACAAAAGUCAGAAACAGCGUAUGAUGUUCUUCGCGAAACUGGAUUUGUAAAUUUGCCAUCAACAAGGACAUUAUUUGACUAUUCGCACUUCCUUAAGAGUGAAAUGGGUCACCAGGCAGAUGUUCUAGGUUUGUUGAAGGAGGAAGCUGUGAAGAGACACCUGUAUGACACAGAGUGGAGGAAUUAUGUCGGUCUUCUCUUUGAUGAGAUAAAAAUUAAAGAAGAUUUAGUGUACGACAAACACACUGGACAGCUCAUCGGAUACUGCAAUCUAGGCGAUGUUGCCAAUGAAAUGAUGCAAUUCAGCGAAACAAAGAAUGAAACUAAAAAAGAACUAGCAAAAUACAUGUUGGUUGUGAUGCUGCGAAGUUUGUCUUGCAACUGGUGUUUUCCGUUGUUUGGUUUUGCAACGACAGGCAUAACAGCCGAUUUUUUGUACCCCAUUCUGUGGAAGACAGUAGCGUUACUACAAUUAUCCCAAAUUAAUUUACAUGUCUUGUUCUUCACUUGUGACGGUGCAUCACCAAAUAGACGGUUUUUCAACAUGCAUCGAGUGGGUAUUGAAUCUGUGGUAUACAAGACGGAAAAUCCACACAACAGUGACCAGAACAUUUACUUUAUAUCAGAUGUUCCACAUCUUCUGAAGACUGUGAGGAACAAUUUUAGUAACUCACAUGCCCACAAAAAAUCAAGAAUGCUGUGGAGGAAUGAUAAAGACAUUUCAUGGAUGCACCUAGUUCGUUUAUUUGAGGAACAUUGCGAGAUGAACUUGUACUCUCCCUGCCCAAAGUUGUCGCGAAAACACAUUGAUCUGCUUUCCUUCAACUACAUGAAGGUCAGUUUAGCUGCACAGGUUCUGAGCGACUCUGUAGCUCUUGCCCUUGAGGAGUUGUACGGUCCAGAGGUCUCAGAAACUGUGCAGUUCAUGAAACUAUUCAACAAAUUUUUUGACGGUCUAAAUGUUCGGAGUUUGUUUGAAGGGAGAAAUAAACGCAAUGACAAUUUACUGCCGUACACUAGUGUGGAUGAUGAACGCUUGAACUUCCUGACUAAAGAUUUUCUUGGUUACAUCAAUAAGUGGGAGGAGAGCAUUCAAAGUAGACCAGGAAUUUUCAAUGAUUCCCAGCGGGCCAAGAUGAUUUUAAGCCACCAGACUCUCGAUGGACUUAAAAUAUCUGUAAAUUCCAUCACCGAGUGUGUGAAGUUUAUGUUAAGCAAGGGUGCUAAUUUUGUAUUGACCCAUAAUUUCAAUCAGGAUCCUCUUGAGCAACAUUUCGGUCACUAUAGACAUAAAGCGGGAUCAAAUAAUAACCCAACUGUCUAUGAGGUCAGAAAUGUGAUGACAACAAUGAGAACUGUCGACUCUUUGGCUGUACCAGUAAAGCAGGGAAACAUUAAAAGGGGUGCGGUCGACAAAGAAAACAUAGACCAUUCCAAGUUAAAAAGACGAAAGUAAACAGAAAAGGUUGACUUUAACCCAUUUAUGCCUAGCGUCCUGAGAAAAAGAACAUUGCAAACAGGGUAGACCCAGAUGAGACGCCGCAUAAUGUGGCGUCUCAUCUGGGUCUGCGCUGUUUGCUUAAAUGAAUUUCUUUAUGAAAUAUUCUAAAUAUAGAUAUAAAUAUACUUGACACCCCUAAUUUUGGAAAUAAAUUGAUCCAAUUUAGAAAGAUGGGAGAGCCCACUGGGCAUAAAUGGGUUAAUUAUGUCAGGGACCUAUACAAAUAUGUUUGUAUAGGUCCCUGAUUAUGUUUGCAUAAAAAUAAAUCUUUUUUUAUGGAAAUGUAUGUUUACAGAUUAUUAACAUAAGUUUCCAUUACAGAUUAUUAACAUAAGUUUCCAUAAACCAAUCAUACAGAUUUAUUUGUAUGCAUAGAUAAUUCAUGUAAACCUUUUCUGUAAAUUUAACUUUUGUCAGUGCUGGGAUGGUAUGCACAAUACAUGAACCUCAUACACUCGAUGAUGGAAUUUUUUUUAUUUCUGUACAUUAUAAAAUAUCUGCCAUAAGUCCUAGAACAAAAAUGGUAUCUUUAAAAAGUAACUUGUAUCCUAUAAAUAUUGUUUAGCUAAUGCAGUGAACUUUACUUAUUGAUCAAUUUAAAUGACAAGGAUAAAUCAUUAAACAAAUUUCGGUGUUAUAUAUGUUAUGAAUUUUUAUGCCCCCAAAUGGUGGUGUAUAGUUUUUUAACUGUCCGCCAGUCAGUCCGUCCGUCUGAAAACUUUAAUAUUGGUCAUAACUUUUGCAACAUUGAAGAUAGCAAUUUGAUAUUUGGCAUGCAUGUGUUUCUCAUGGAGCUGCACAUUUUACUUUUAUAUUGUCAUGUUAUUAUAAACUGAGUUCCUAAAACCAUGCAAAUACUGCUUAAUCACUGGUUCUGUAUGUAGCAUCAAUGUUACUUGAAUAUUAACAUUUUCUUUAAGAAAUUGUUCUCACUGCAGACUCAAAAGAACUUUGAAUAAUUUAGUUUGCAAAAGGUAUUGGAUCGCAUUGAAUGAAUAACUAGUAUUGGAUUUUUUGGGUAUAACAAGUAUUGGAUUUGUUUAUAUGUUGUACAUAAUAUGAAUCUUUUAUUUGAUUUUAUUCAGUUUGUUCAAGUGCGAUUACUGAAUGUAGACUACGUGCCUAUUUAUGUAAAAGUAAUGUGCGGUAUAGUUAAAGCAUAUGUCUUAUCUUAUGGAUCCAUGUUUUUACAUGUUGUACACUUGUACUAUAUUUUAAGAAAGUGAUUAGUUACUGAAACAUUACAUCCAACUAGUAUAACAUGUGUAUUGUUGAAUGUUCAUGUAACAUGUGUAUGUUUUUUAUGUAUAGUUAUUUUGUUGUUGUUUUUUUAAUUUGAAGGUAUUGUACAUUAAAUAAUAUUGUAUGUAUGAAACGAAAAAAUAAUGUACUAUUUGAAAAAAAAAAUGCGAAAAAAUAACUUACCAUAUAAUUUGUAUAAUAUUUUCUACAUGUAAGUUAUUUUGUCGUUUUUUUUCUAAAGCUAACAAUAUUAUUUAAUUUCCUACGUACAAUAUUAUUUAAUUUCCUACGAGCAAAUAUAUCCCUCUAGCUCAUCUAUAUAUUUUUUUCGCAUAGAUAGGCGAUGUUGGGAUAUAGAUAAAUGAAAUUAACUAGUUUGUAUAGAUGGAGUUAUUAAUUUUUCUUAUCGAUUGCUCUCUAAAUAAAAUGAUUGUACUUUAUAUACUCUAAGGAACCAUAUCGCUAUACAUAAACUAUAGUUUUGCUUUAGUAUAGGUUGUCAACACAAGGAUAUUACUUAUACUUAACUACAAUUAAGUGUAGCAUAGGUAGAGGUAUCAUUUAUAUCAUACAGCUUUUACAUUGUCAGUAUUACUCAAUUCUAUAUUUCUAAAAUUUUGUAAUUACGAAUGAAAAACAAUGCAAGUAUAUACUUUAUGCAAUUAUAUAUGUCCUAACUUUAUAUUAAUGUAUGUAAUUCUUGUUUUUAAAAAAUCAUUUAAUAAUUAUAUUUUUCACUUAUGAACUUUGGUACAGACAGGGACCUAUACAAGUAUAGGUCCCUGGUACAGAAUAAUGUAACGAAGUGUUGUUAUUAUUAAACUACAUUUGACAUUAUGUGGUCACUAUGUAUUAACAAUAUUAACAUUCUCACGAAAACAUGUUUAUUCCUUAUAUUGUAAAUUGAACUUUUUUCGAAGUGAUGCAUGAUUUGUAUUUACUUCAAAAGCAUGCUGUCAUUGUAAAUGUAAUGUAAAUGACGAUUAGCUUAAUAUGCUUAAGUCAGAAUAAACAUUUAUGUUCUAUUAACUGCA